CUCCGUGAUUUUUUGUUUUCGGAUAUCUCACUUGCCAUAUGAGAUUUGUUAUUAUUUUAUUAUAUUUUGUAAAUGUUGGGGUUUGAGGUGAACUAACGACGUCAAGUUCCCCCCUCACCAACUUUUGCUCGUCCUCUUUAUUCUCUCUCCACUGUCUUCCCAACUGUUUCUCCCCCUCUAAUCGCACCUCCUCACUUUUUCCUCACUUUUUUCAUGGUUUAGAUCGCCAUGGAUCUCCAGCUGUUGUAAAUGGUUGCUUCGAAGGUUAGGUCAAAAUAUACUAAGCUUUUAAUUGUUUCAUUUCAGUUACUUGCAAUUUGCUUGUUUUGAGCUUGAUUUGUGUAUAAAUUGGUGAAAUUGAUGUUGUAAUUUGGUGAAAUUGGUGUUAAUGUAGGUUUAAUCGGUGUUAUGUACCUUAUUGACUGCUUGAUUUGUGUAUGAAGUGUGUAAAUUGGUGAAAUUGUUUCUAUAAUCUGGUGAAAUUGGUGUUCAUGUUGUUAUAUAUCUUUUUAAUUACCUUAAAGAAUAUCAUAAUCUGGCCACAUUGUUGUUAUAUAGUGUGUUGGAGUUAGGGAGUGUUCUGAUAGUCUUUUUUUGUGUUUGAAAAUCACAUUAAAUAAAUACAGGUUUUCUAAAUUUUCCUUUGAAUUUUGAUUGCGAACUUGUUUAAUUAUAUAGUGGUUUUGAUUGACUAGAUGUGUGUAUGACCUAAUCUUGUUUUUGGAUUUCUACUGGUCUGAUCUUCCUGUUCUUGUUGGCUGGAUUUCUACUGUUUUGGCUGUUGUUGGCUGGAUUUCUACUGGUGUCUUUACAGUGACCUGUGGUGUUAGUAGUAAUUUAGGAAGAAGGUCAGAGAUGGAUGAGUUGCUGGCAGCUGAGGAUGAAUUAGGGGGGUGUGAUGAGAUAGGGGCAUUAAUUGAAAUAGGCCCUAAUACAGACAAGCUGGACAACAUUUCCCUUACACCAAUGGGGGAGACCUCUUCCCCAAUUGGGCCAAUUCAGACCAUAAAGACCCCUGAAACUGUUUCCACAAACAAGGUGUCUAUGAUGACCUCUAUCGAACCUCCAAAAGUUGGAAUGGUGUUCAAUGGCUGGCAAGAAAUAGAGGAAUAUUAUAAAUCAUACGCAGAGCAAUGUGGCUUUGGAGUUAGCAGGGUUCAAAGUGCAUUCACGAUUAAGAAAAAGAGAAGGGGAAUGACUUAGAAGUGUGAAUGUUGGGGUGCCCUAAAUAUGAGGGCAAAUCGUGAGGCAAAGAAAAGGGCAAAGUUAAUGGAAAUUGGCGGAUGUGUUGCUAAUGAGAAUGGUGACAUCUUGGAGGAUGAGCUUGCUAGGGGCAGAAGGAAGUCGAAAAAAUGUUAUUGCAAAGCUAGGAUUUAUGGCGGUGUUAAUCGUGAAGGGCUUUGGGUUUUAAUAACGGUCGAGUUGGAGCAUACUCAUACCUUGGACCCCGUUCUGGCUAAGUUAGUUAAAGAAUAUCGUAUGAAGAAGAUGACGCCGUCAGUUCGUAAGAAAUUGCUUAAUUAUUAUGAGGUUGGAGUACCGGUUAGUCAAAUUCGUGGAUGUAUGAGCACAGAGAAUGGAAAUUUGCCUAAUGUUAAGGAUAUGCAACAUGAGGUUUAUAAGGAUAAACGGUCGAAGAUGGCGGGUGGAGAUGCAAAAGCGAUGAUGGCGUUUUUUGACUACAUGCAGGCUGACAAUCUGAAAUUUUUCCAUGCUCAUAGGUUGGAUGAAGAAGGUCGUUUGAAGGAUGUACUUUUGGUUGAUGCUAGGAGUAUAAUAGCGUAUGAAGAUUUUGGAGAUGUUGUAUGUUUUGAUGCGACCUGUCUCACCAAUGAGUACGAUCUCCCAUUUAUUAACUUUGUUGGAGUGAAUCAACAUGGUCAUUCUCUGUUGUUAGGAUGUGCUCUUGUUUCACGCGAAGCCUGUGACACUUUUGCUUGGAUUUAUCGAUAAUGGCUGACUUGUAUGGGCAACAAAUCUCCCGCAGCUAUUUUAACUGAUCAAGCAGCUGCAAUGAGGAAGCCACUAGACGAAGUUAUGCCCAACACCCAACAUCGAUGGUGUAUAUGGCAUAUACUGAGGAAAUUUCCUAAGAAACUUGGGAAGUGUGCCAAGUAUAACGAUUUCAAGAAUCCUAAUGUGAUAUACGACAGCUUCACAAUAGAUGAAUUCCAAAAAAAGGUGGUGUGAAGCAAUGAAGUUGUAUGAUUUGGAAGAAAAUGAAUGGCUCCAAGAGUUGUUUGUAGAGAGGCACAUGUGGGUGCCUGCGUAUAUGAAAGAGUACUUUUGGGCUGGGAUGAAAACGAUGCAGAGGGUUGAGAUCAUUAAUAGGUUCUUUGAUGGAUUUGUUAAUAGGCACACUAAACUCUAUGAAUUUCCUGAAAAAUAUUCUCAGGCUCUGAAAAAGCGUGUGGAUGAUGAGAUUGAUGCUGAUGAUAGGGAUCGCAAAUACAUCAGGCGUCUUGUUAGUGUAUUUAAAGUGGAGAGAUUUUUCCAAAAAAUUUACACCAAUGCAAAAUUUCAGGAAGUCCAAAGAGAAUGUGCUCGAAUGUUGUAUGUUGUUCCGAAGGUGGAGGACAUUAUAAGUGCCACUGCAAUUCAGUACUUGAUUGAAGAUCGAGUUUGGAUCAGGAAAAGUGGCACCAAUAAAGAUGUAGUGACUGAGUGGUACAAGUUUUACUCAGUGACAUUCAAUCCAGUUACAAAAGAAUGUAGUUGUGACUGCCGUAAGUUUGAGAAGGAUGGGAUUCUAUGCAGGCACGUCAUAAGAGUGUGGGAUCAGAAUAAGGUCAAAGAUAUUCCCCCCAAGUACGUAAUUUCCCGAUGGCGGAAAGAUGUGGUUAGGAGGCACACCCGAUUCAAAGUUGCAUACCAUGAUCCAAGUCAAAUAGAGGAAUGCAAAAGGUACAAUACCUUGCUACCUGAUCUUGAAUCUUUGUGCGAGGAAGCGUUUGCAGUAGAUGAUGACACAGUAGAGACCGUCCGAGCAGCAGUUAAGAAGCUACGCGAAGAGGUCAGAGCAAGUCGCGCAAAACUGAUGGAGAAUACUGCAUUACCGAAACCAGCCACCACACCAAGUUCAACUCCUACUCACCAAUCAACUCCCCAAGCAUUCACACCAAGAUCAACUCAUAGUCACCAAUCAACUCCCCAAGCAAUCACACCAAGAUCUACUCACCAAGCAUCACCCCAUGCAGUGACACCGAACACCGGUUGUGCCAGACCUAACCCCAAUAUCAGUAAAGGAUCCACAACCAACAAUGAUCGAGUUAAAGAUCCAAUAAUUAAAAAAAAAACCUCGAGGUCGUCCAAAGGGAUCUUGGAACAAAUCUCGUGCUGAGUUAGAUUACAAUACCACCAAGCUUAACACAAGAAAGGACUGUGACAAUCAGGUCAGUCAGUUGAACCCCAACCAAGUAGCUCCAACAUCAAAACAAAGUUACCGGUGAAGCAUAAAAAGGGUCAUAACCCAUAUGCUGAGUUUUGGAAUGUUUCGACUGAAGUUCAAGUAUCAUGUGAAGAACUUCCUCUGCAGACACUGACAGAGGAAUAUUCUACGAACUCCCAUUUAUUCUAAUUAAUCUGGAUUUGUGAGAUGUCACAUAUGUGGGCUUAAAACGUGUGAUCCAAACACUAGACUGAGUUUAUUAUUAUGGUGAAUGUUGUCCUGAGGGUAAUGUUGUACUUUAUGUAUAAACUUAUGUUAAUUGUGAACUCGAUUUAGAAACUUUGUGUUGUUAAUGGUGUUCUCGUUUCAGAUUUAGAUACUGUGUGAUCUAAUGUCUUUACUUGAUCUAUUCUACCUAUCAUGAUUUGUGUCA